AAAGCCAGAAGAGAAGAAGCCAGAAGAAAAGAAAGGCAAGCCAGGUGUUCCAACCAUUGUAGAACCAGACGAGAAGAAACCAGGUAAAAAAGGUGAACCCAAGAAGGAUGAGAAAAAACCAGAAGAGAAGAAACCAGAGGAGAAAAAAACAGCCCCAGGUAAAAAAGAAGAACCCAAAAAGGAUGAGAAGAAACCAGAUGAUGAGCACCCAGAUAUCUUGAUUGAUGAGCACCCAGAUAUCUUGAUUGAUGAGCACCCAGAUAACUUGAUUGAUGCUGAGCACCCAGAUAACUUGAUUGAUGAUGAACACCCAGAUUUUGAUCACCCAGAUAUUUUGAUUGACGAUGACGAUGAUGAUAUGCCGGACGAUUGGGUCCCCAUGCCCCUGUCGCAUGAUGAGCAAAAGGAUUAUGCUCAAGAUCUGGGGAUUAGACCCUCAGCCCUUGGGGUAAAACCAGGUUUGAGAAGAAAAGUUGAACCCAGUUCUGAACAGAAAGCAGCUGCUGCAGGAAUAUAUGAGGAGGAGGGUCCAAAACGUAAGCCUAAACAAGAGAAGGCUCCAGAAGGCCCUGUUGAAGGACCUAAGAUCAAGAACAAGCCGGCUAAUUUGGUGAUCCUUGAAGGUGAUCCUAUUACCUUGGAAAUUGAUGUUGAUGGCAAGGAAAUGCCAUUUGUGCGUUUCUUCAAAGGGAAGAGGCAGCUUAAGAAUGAUGCUCGCACAGUCAUCAAUAUGGAUGCCCCCAACAAACGCUGCACAUUGCACAUUAAGAAGUCCCGCUUUCCAGAUGAGGGAAAAUAUGCUGUGUUCUUGGAAAAUGCUAAUGGACAAAUGACUGAUGAAGCCAAAUUCACCAUCUUUGUCAAAGAUCCCAAGGAUUCUAAAUUAGACUUUAGGGAUCUUCUAAAACAAAGCAAUUACAAAAAGAACAAACAAGAGGAUGAAGAUCCAGAUUGGGGAAAGCUCAAGGAAGUGGACAAAGGCAGGCGACCAUCACAGAUUGAGAUGGCAAAGAUCAAUUUGAAGAAAACUGAAGGUGACAGUGAAACAGAGGGAACCCCAGAAAGGCGCAGGUCCUCCACUGGUCGUCGGGACAGCAUUGAGAUACCCAAACUGAAGAAAGUUUCUCGCCAAGAAGAUUCAGAGAAGUUGGCACCAGAGCGCAGAGGCUCCAAAGAUCGCCGUGCCUCUCUGGCUGAUGUUGUACCAGAUUGGCCAACUCUGAAGCAUACGGAGAAAAAGAAAGAGGAGCCAGACAAGUUUGUGAAGGAGCUUGAGGAUCAGAAGGUGAAGGAGGAAGAUGAGGUCAAUGCUGUGUUUAGGUGUACAUUCUGCAAGCCUAAUGCUGUUGUCAGGUGGUACAAAAACAAGCUGGAGAUUUUCCAUGGAGAGAAAUAUCACUUCCACAGUGAUGGUCCUAACCACAAGUUGAUUGUCAAAGAAGUCAUUCUGGAAGACGGUGGCAAGUUCACCUGCCAGUGUAAUGAUGCCACAACAUCUGCUUGGCUGUAUGUAGAGGAGAGGCCUAAGUUGGUGUAUUUCACUACCCCACUGCCUAAGACCAUGACUGUGCACAGGAAAAAGAAUGCCAUCCUGGAGUGUUUCAUCUGUGAUCCUCUCGCUGAUGUGGAAUGGUACAAGAUGGGAGAACUCAUUCAGGACUGGCGCAAGACUGCAAGUGAGCCUGAAAAGGGCAAAUAUGAGAUUGCACGCCGUGAGAACCGCUGUAUCCUGCGUAUCCUGAAAGUAGAAGACGAUGAUGAAGCCGAGUAUACCUGCAAGUCUGCUGAUGACUCAACCUUCUGUGAUUUCUAUGUGGAUGAACCAGAGUGGACAUUUGUUCGUCUGCUGGUUGACCAGGAUGCCAUGGAAGAAGAGACUGCUACAUUUGAAUGUGAAGUCAACGAUCCAGAAGCAGACGUAGACUGGUACAAAGGUGAUGUCAAAAUUGACCAACUUAAUGUCAAGAAAUAUGCCAUCGACAAGGAGGAUUGUAUUCGUAGACUCACCAUCUUGGGCAUCAAACAGACUGAUGAAGGGGAAUACUGUGCAAGAAUGGGGUCUCAGAAUUCCAGGGCAGAGCUUUUUGUUGAACCUGAAAUUAAGUUCUUAGAGCGUCUGAAGGACACCACUGUCACUGAGGAGCAGCCCCUAGAGCUGACCUGCCAGGCCACCAACCCUCAUGGCAAGCCUGUCAAAUGGUUCAAGGAUGGAAUCCUUAUUGAUCCACUGAAGGACCCUAGGCUAAGGAUUAAAAAAGAAGCAGAUGGUGUGAACAAGCUGGUUAUUGAAUCUUCUCAAAUGGGAGAUGCUGGUGUCUAUGUCUGCCGUAUUGGAGACAGGGAGACCAAAGCUGAAGUCCUUGUGGAAGAGAAGGAGAGAGCUCCAGUGAUUGACCCCUCUGCUUUACCCAAAGAGAUUGUUGUCAAGGCUGGAGAGACCAUUGAUAUCAAAGUACCAUACACUGCUCACCCAGUCCCGGAGGCUAAAUGGGAGAAGGAUGGCAAAGGCCUCCAUCGUGAGGGAGCAGACUUAAAACACCGCCCAGAUAACAUUGAGCUGACUAUCCCACAUGCCACCAGGGAUGACACAGGUGUAUACAAACUGACUUUGUCCAACAGCACUGGCAAGACUGAUAUACCCAUUAAAGUGAAAGUACUGGAUCGCCCAUCUCCACCUCAAGGCCCAGUAGACAUUUACAGUGUAUACAGAGACAGAUGCACAUUGAAAUGGAAGCCACCCAAGGAUGAUGGCGGCUCACCAAUCAAGCACUACAUCAUUGAGAAGAUGGACACAAGCCGUGGAACAUGGGCAGAGGUUGGCAAGAUUAAUGAUCUCAAGUAUGAGGUGACUGGUCUGACCCCUGGAAAGACCUAUGCCUUCCGUAUCCGUGCUGCCAAUGAUCAAGGUGUCAGUGAGCCUAUUGGCACAGAGCAUGAUAUUUUGGCCAAAGAUCCAUAUGAUGAGCCAGAUGCUCCCACAGAUCUUGAGGUGACAGAUUGGGAUGCAGACCAUGUUGAGUUGGAGUGGAAGGCACCCAAAAAUGAUGGUGGCUCCCCCAUUACAAACUACUUAGUGGAACAGAAGGAUAAGUUCAGUGACUGGAGAAGGGUGAAAGAUGUCUCUGCUAAAGACACCAAGGCCACAGUUGCUGGUUUGAAGGAAGGCACAGAAUACACUUUCCGUGUGAUGGCUGUCAACAAGGCUGGACCAUCUAAGCCCAGUGAGGCAUCCAGGCCUGUCAUUGCCAAACCCAGGAGAUUGCCACCAAGAAUUGACAGAACUGCCCUCAGUGAGAUCCGUAUCAAGGUUGGCCAGGCUUUCAUGUUCAAUGUUCCCUUCACUGGUGAACCUCCUCCGACUCCUGUCUGGACCAGACUCACUCAGGAUAAGAAGGAACAGGCGGACAUAGGUGACUUUACAGAGGAGCCACUAGAGGCAGGUGACAGGAUAAAGAUUGAGCAUCAGGAGAAGUCUACCCUGCUGGAGAUGAAAAACUGUGUCCGUGGGGACACUGGAGACUAUACUCUCACUGUAACCAAUGACUAUGGCAAAGACACUGCAACUGUAUCAGUGGUAGUUUUGGGUAAACCCCUGGCACCAGAGGGUCCACUUGAAGUAUCUGAUGUGUAUGCUGACCAGGUCACUCUGUCUUGGAAACCACCUAAAGAUGACGGAGGCACUGAGAUCACAGGCUAUCAAGUAGAGAAGAUGGAUAUGAAGAGGGGAACUUGGGAGAAAGUGAGCAACUUUGUCAAGGGCACAGAGUGUGUGGUUCCCAAACUGGUGGAGGGACAUGAUUACAAGUUCAGAGUGAUGGCCGAGAAUCUCCAGGGACUGUCUGAACCUCUGGAAACUGACAAAGCCACCAAGGCCAAGAAUCCAUAUGAUGUGCCUGGUUCCCCAGGGAAACCAAAGGCCACAGACACCAACCGUGACCAUAUCACCAUUGCUUGGGAUGAACCACGCUCAGAUGGUGGCGCCCCCAUCACUGGGUACAUCGUGGAGAGGAAGGAUCCUAAGUCAGACAGGUGGACCAAGGUCAACAGGGAACCAGUAAAGGAUUGUGAGUUCACUGAUGAUCGUGUCACAGCUGGAAGGGAAUAUGAAUACAGAGUAUCUGCUGUCAACAAGGGAGGCAGCUCUGAGCCCAGCCAGACUUCUGGACCCAUUGCAGCCAAGCCUAUGAAUGAGGCUCCUAAGAUAAAGAAGGAUGGUCUUAACUUCCCAUCUGAGAUCCGUGUGCGUGCUGGAGAGCCUCUGGACAUCAAGGUGCCCAUCUCUGGUGCUCCAACACCUACUGUUACUUGGGACAAGAAUGGAAAAGGCAUUUUGCCUGAUAAUAGGACUUCAAUGGACAACAAUGAUGAGGAAGCCAAUUUCCACAUCCCCAUCUCCAAGAGAGAAGACACUGGCAAAUAUACCAUCACAGCCACCAAUAAGAAUGGCACUGAUUCUGGAGAUAUCAAUGUUAUUGUGCUAGAUCGCCCUGGUGCCCCAGAGGGCCCACUAGAUGUCUCUGAUGUGUUUGCCACCUCAUGCACUCUGAAAUGGAAACCACCCGAGGAUGAUGGUGGAGCUCCAAUCACAGGUUACAUUGUGGAGCAGAUGGAGGAAGGCACUGGGUUGUGGGAGAAGGUACCUGGUAUAGUACAGGGCACCAGUAUGCCAGUGAAAGGCCUAACUGAGGGCAAGUCAUACAAGUUUAGAGUCAAGGCAGAGAACCCAUAUGGUGUCAGUGAGCCCCUGGAAACUACCAAAUCUAUUGUGGCUAAAAACCCAUUUGAUCGUCCAGAUGCUCCCACUGGUUUGGAGAUUGGAGACUAUGACAGAUUCUCUGUCAAUCUCCACUGGAAAGAACCCAGAAGUGAUGGCGGGAACCCCAUUAAGGGAUACAUCAUUGAGAAGAAGAGGAGAGGAGGAGAAUGGGAGAAGGCUAAUGCCACCCCAGUACCUAAGAAAGAGUACACUGUGAUGAACCUGACACCUGGCCAGGAGUACCAGUUCCGUGUCUGUGCUGUCAAUGAUGGCGGGCCUGGAGAAUUCUGCAAGCCAACAGAAUGGCAUCUAGCUAGAGAUAUGAUUUUUGCUCCCGACUCUCCUGGAGCUCUCAAUGUAGACAAGAUCACCCCAGACCACGUGGAUCUCUCCUGGACCAAGCCAAGAAAUGAUGGUGGAGCGAAGAUCACUGGCUAUGUCAUUGAAAUGAAAGAACCUGGCAAAGACAAGUGGGUGCCAGCUGCCAAAGUACCUGCAGAUAAAACCAAUGGGACUGUGGGCAAUUUGACACCAGGUGGGGAAUACCAGUUCCGAGUUCGUGCUGAGAAUGAGGCUGGUGUGGGUGAACCAUCAAAGCCGACAUCUGUUAUCAAGGCUGAACACCAACCAGAAAAGCCUACCAUAGACAUGAGUGGUAUCAAGGAUGUGACAGUAAAAGCUGGACAACCAUUCAAGCUGGACUUCCCCUUCACUGGCUUCCCCAAACCUGUGGCCACUUGGGUGCACAAUGAUCAGGAAGUCGAUCAAGACGACAGCAGAGUAUACGCCAAGGUGUCUGAUACUGAUGCAGUAUUUGAGAUCGGCAAAGCCAAACGUGAAGACACAGGAUUGUACAAGUGUACCUUGAAGAAUCCAUCUGGCUCAGACACUGGCAGUGUCAGAGUGAUUGUACUAGAUACACCAGGCAAACCAGAGGGACCACUGACAGGAAGUAACAUCCAGGCAGACUCCUUGGACCUUAACUGGAAGCCCCCACUGGAUGAUGGUGGCAAACCUAUCACAAACUAUGUCAUUGAAAAGCGUCCAGUUGGGUCGGACAAAUGGACCAAGGUGGCUAGCUCUGUCCCCAAUUCAGCCACUAGCUGGCCAGUUAAGAACUUGGAGACUGGUGUGCCCUAUGAGUUCCGUGUAAUGGCAGAAAAUGAAAUGGGUCUCAGUGAGCCACUCUUGACAGAUGAAGGUGGAAUUACACCCAAGUUCCCAUUCAAUCGCCCAGAUGCCCCUGGUACCCCCAAAUGCACUGGUACCACUGAGGACUCCAUCUCUCUGUCCUGGUCUCCACCUAGAAAUGAUGGCGGCAACCCUGUCAAAGGAUACUUUGUAGAAAGAAAGGAACCUGAUAGUGAUAAAUGGGUGAAGUGCAACAUAAACGAAUCUCCAGACACCUCCAUGACAGUGCGUGGUCUGACCAAUGGAAAGAAGUAUGAGUUCAGGGUUUGCGCUGUUAACAAGGCAGGUCCAUCACCCUGGACUGAGACAGCAGAGGCCAUUGAGGCUAGACCACCACCUGUGGCCCCUAAGAUUGACCUGAACAGCAUGGCCAAAGACGUGAAAGCUAAGCUUGGAGAGCCCUUCAAAAUAGUCAUUCCAUUUACUGGGGGCUCUCCUAUUCCAACCCCAACUGUCACCGCGGGUGGCAAUAAGAUAAUCCCAGGGGAUAGAUGGAACUUUGUGAAAGAGCCAGAUAGAAUUAUCCUGGAAUGUAAAGAGGCAGAGAAGAUUGAUAAUGCUAGAUUCAACAUUACUCUCACUAAUGAAAUGGGCAGCGACACUGCUUCAUGCAAUGUUACAGUUGUCUCUCCACCUGGUGCACCAGAAGGUCCACUAGAGGUCUCUGAUAUCACCCCUGAGACAUGUGUUCUCAAGUGGAAUCCUCCCAAAGAUGAUGGUGGCAGUCCCAUCACCAACUACAUUGUGGAGAAGAAGGACUCCAAGUCUCCUGAUUGGAAGAAAGUCAGCAAGUUUGUCCGUGGCACAGAACACGAGGUCAUGGGCCUGGAGGAGGGGCAUGAGUACAUGUUCCGAGUCAGUGCCGAGAACGAAUAUGGAGUUAGCGUUCCUCUAGAAACAACCAAGCCUAUAAUUGCUCAACAUCAGUACACUGUCCCAGAUGCCCCAGGUCGUCCCAAAGUGGAUGAUGUGGAUGCAGACCGUGUGACACUCAGCUGGACUCGCCCACGUGAUGAUGGUGGUGACAAGAUCCAGGGCUACAUUAUUGAGGCCAAGGAAAAAGGUGGCAAGUGGAAACCUGUCACUGACUUCCCUGUCAAGGAUCUUACACACACUGUGACUGGUCUGCCUAAGGACAAAGAGUUUGACUUCAGAGUGAAAGCCAAGAACAAGGCUGGUCUCAGCGAGCCUAGUGAUACCUCUGGCUUUGUUACCACCAAACCUAAAUGCCAGAAACCAGGUGCUCCUGGUGCCCCCAAGGUAGAAGAUGUAGGCAGAACCUUUGUGGAACUCUCCUGGGAAAAACCAAAGCAUGACGGAGGAGCUAAGAUUAAGGGCUACACUGUAUAUAAGAGAGCUUACCCUGAGGGUGACUGGGAGAAGGUGAAUGACUACCCAUGUGUAGAUACCAGAUACACUGUGCCUGACUUGCCUGAGAACUCAGAAUAUGAGUUUAGGGUGGCAGCUGUCAACCAGGCUGGCGAGGGAGAACCCAGUGUGCCUACUGAACCUACCAAGGUCAAGGAGAAAGUUGUUGGUAUAAAGCCAGAGUUUGUAAAGAAAAUCAGCAAGGUGGAAGCACCUGUGGGAGGAGAAGCCAAGUUUGUGGCUGAGAUAGUUGGCAAACCAGCUGUAGAAGUGCAAUGGUUCAGAAAUGGCAUUCCAAUCCGCCCUGGUGCUAAGAACCGUGUUGCUGAGGAUGAUGAUGGUAACAUCUCUCUCACCAUCACAGAUGUAGAACCCAGCGAUGCAGGAGAGAUAACCUGUACUCUCAGUAACAAACUGGGCAAAGACACCUGCUCUGCUCCUCUGGAAGUAAUUGCCCCACCCAAGUGUGACAAAAUGCCUGGUGACCAGAGUGUUGACAAGGGUGACACACUGAAGCUGAAGAUCCCCAUCUCAGGCAAAGGUCCUUUUGAUGUGAAACUGAAGAAGGGCAAUCAGCCUCUGACUGAGGGUGACAGACUGAAGAUCACACCAUUUGAUGACUACAUUGUUGUCCAACUCAAAGAUGUAGACACUGAUGACACUGGUCCGUACAAGCUGGAUAUCUCUAAUGCCAGUGGAACUUGCACUGUGCCAUUUAAUCUGAAGGUGAAAGCAACACCUGGUAAACCAACUGCGCCCCUUAAUGUCUCAGACAUCACCAAGAAUGCCUGCCACUUGUCCUGGAAACCCCCCAAAGAUGAUGGUGGCAGCAGAGUGACCCACUAUGUGGUAGAAAGGAAAGAUAUCUCCAAACCUUACUGGACCACUGUGGGUUCCUUUGUCAAGGGAACUGAAUUUGAUGUACAAGGUCUGAUUGAGAAUAACCAGUAUUUGUUCCGCGUUGCUGCAGCUAAUGAGAAUGGUACUGGUGAAUUCCUGGAGGCACCAAACCCCAUCACAGCCAAGAUGCCAUUUGAUCCCCCAGAUGCACCUGGUGUCCCUGAAGUUACAGAAGUGGGUGGUGACUUCGUCAGCCUGUCUUGGGACAAACCAGCUUCUGACGGAGGCGGUAAAAUCCUGGGCUACUUCAUUGACAAGCGUGAGGCUGGUGGAGAUGCAUGGUUGAGAGCCAAUCCAACCAAUCCAUGCAUCACCAACAUUUGGAACGUCCCCAAUCUGAUUGAGGAUCGCGAGUACGAGUUCCGUGUCACUGCUGUCAAUGAAGCUGGCGAAAGUAAGCCGUCCAUGGCCUCUAGGAAGGUCAAGGUGAAGGAUCCUUUAGCUGCUGUAAUCCCAGAAUUCACGUCACCUUUGAGAACAGUCCAAGCCACUGAGGGCAAAACGGCAGAGUUCCAGUGUACUAUCACUGGCUCACCUAAGCCUGAGGUGACAUGGUUCAAGGGUACCCGUGAACUUUUCGACAGUCCCAAAUAUGAAAUUUACAAUGAUGGUGAUACCUACUACUUGGCCGUGAAGGAUGUGUUUGGUGAGGAUGCUGAUGAGUAUACUGUUAAAGCAACCAACAGAGGAGGCUCCAGACAGAGCAGGGCAGAUCUCUUGAUUAAAUCUGCACCAAGGAUUAAAGUCCCUCCAAGAUUCCAGCAGCCAUCAGCAUUUGAGAAAGGAGAGACUAUAGUCAUCAAACUGCCCUUCACUGGCUUCCCAAGACCCACAGACAAGUGGUCAAAGGACACAGAAGAGAUUAAGGGUGGAAAGAACUAUGAUAUUGAACUUAAGGAGAGACAUGCUAUCUUGACCAUUAAGAAUCCACAGAAGGAGCAUGCUGGACCUUACAGGUUAACCUUGGAGAAUGACCUUGGCCAGGAUACCAAGGUGGUUGAGAUUCAGAUUAAUGAUGCUCCUGAUGCUCCCAGAUUUGCUAAAGUAGACAGCCAGACAGACAAGAGUGUGUUGCUAUCAUGGCAGGCUCCACUCAACAAUGGUGGCAGUAUAAUCAGCCAGUACAUUAUUGAAAAGCGAGAGUUGCCGAGUGAGUCUUGGACACGAUGUGGUACAUGCAGGUUCAACACAUAUACAGUAGAGAACUUGAGCCCAGACAAAGAAUACCAGUUCCGUGUGAUUGCUGAGAACUUCUAUGGACGAAGUCCACCUAGUGAGCCUACAGAGAAGGCUGCCAUUGAGAAGGUGAAGAAACUCAGCCCAGAAGAUGAAUUCUUCAAGAAGAAGAGAGGACAUUAUGAUGGUCCACCAAUUGACAACUACGAUAAGUUCUACACUGAUAUCUGGGCCAAGCAUAUCCCCAAACCAGUAGACAUCAAGACCGGCAGUGUGUAUGACUACUAUGAUAUCCUUGAGGAGCUGGGCAGUGGAGCUUUUGGUGUUGUCCAUCGUUGCCGAGAGAAGGCCACAGGAAACACAUUUGUGGCCAAAUUCAUCCACACCCCAUAUCCACUGGACAAACAGGUUGUCAGAAAUGAGAUAGCCAUCAUGAAUAACCUCCAGCAUCCUAAGUUAAUCAACCUUCAUGAUGCUUUUGAGGACCAGAAGGAAAUGGUGCUGAUCAUGGAGUUCCUUGCUGGUGGUGAGCUGUUUGACAGAGUAGCUGCUGAAGACUACAAGAUGUCUGAAGCAGAAGUGAUCAACUACAUGAGACAAGUGUUAACAGGAGUCAAACACAUGCAUGAGAAGAACAUUGUGCAUCUAGAUAUCAAGCCAGAGAAUGUGAUGUGUGCCACCAAAAAGAGCACUGAUGUCAAAUUGAUUGACUUUGGCCUGGCAACUAAACUUAAUCCACAAGAGGUUGUCAAGGUUACCACAGCAACUGCUGAGUUUGCUGCCCCUGAAAUUGCAGAGAGAGAACCCGUGGGCUUUUACACUGACAUGUGGUCUGUGGGUGUGCUAGCAUAUGUAUUGUUGAGUGGUCUGUCACCAUUUGCUGGUGAUGAUGAUCUCGAGACACUACAGAAUGUGGCUAAAUGUGACUGGGAAUUUGAUGAGGAUGCCUUCAAGACUGUCUCAGCUGAAGGAAAAGAUUUCAUCAAGAAGCUGCUCCUCAGAAACCCAACGCAUCGUAUGACUGUCCAUGAUGCUUUGGACCAUCCAUGGAUUAAUGGUGACCAUUCUGAUCUCACACACAGAAUAUCAAGUACACGUUAUGAUGCCUUCAGGAAGAAACUCCAUGCUAAAUAUGGUGACUGGCCAGCGCCUAGGCCUGCUAUUGGGCGUAUUGCUAACUUCAGCUCUGUGAUGAAAAACAGAGGUAAACAGUACCAGAUCUAUGAGACAUCUUUUGAUCGUCGUGAGGCUGCUCCACGCUUUAUCCGCAAGCCUAGAGACCAGCUAGCAAUUGAAGGCCAGUCAGCACAGUUUGACUGUAAUGUCAUCGCUGCUUCGGAGCCUACCAUCUCAUGGUACUUUGAAGGCAGUAUGCUAUCACAGAGUGUUAAGUACAUGCAGAAAUACUCUGGUCAUCACUAUGCACUGAAGGUCAGUAGGUGCAAGGAUGAAGACAAAGGCUCUUACACAGUGAAGGCAGUCAACUCAUAUGGUUCUAAAGAUGCAUCUGCCAAGCUUAGCGUGGAAGCUAUCAGCAGGACACUCCCAGAAGUAGGAUCCAGAGAAUCAGCCACAUGGAAAAAGCGUGAAUUUAAGGUUAAAGAAUUUGAGGCCCCUCCGGACAAAUCCCCAGACUUUGUGUUCCAGCUGCGUCCCAGGUAUAUCAUUGAAGGCAAUGAGUUUAAACUCAUUUGUUGUGUAGAGGCUACUCCAACACCUACAGUUCAAUGGUUCAAAGAUGGGCGUGAAAUCUUCAGUGAUUCUCACUAUGACAUCUCAUACAAAUCUGGCGUCUGUGAGUUGCAAAUAUCCUCAACCAAAGUAUCAGACACUGGCACUUUCUCCAUCAGAGCAGAGAAUUCAAAGGGCAUCCAGGAAUCCUCUUGUAAAGUUACAGUGGCUGAACGCCCAACUUACAAACCAAAGAGAUCCUCUUUCUCAGGCUAUAGUAGUGGCAUCACUAAGCCAUCCUCCUCCAGGUUGGGUCGUUUCCACAGCGAGGACAAGUUUGGCUCUGACAGCUACUCCAGGACAUCAAAAUACAGCACUCACACUGAAGAUGUCAAGGAUUUUGGUUCUUCAAGAAUAAAAACAUCUCGAACUGUCCAUUCUGAAAGCUACUCUUCCUCUUCAGAUAGUACAACCGGCAGAUCUAGUAGGAGAUCUAAGCCAGACUCUAGCUAUGAAGUGUCUAGCAGCAGCAGGAGUAGUGGAGGUGCACCUAACAUUUUAGAAGAGCUGAAACCCAUGACAGUUAAGGAUGGAGAUCCAGUCUCACUAGAAUGUAGAAUUUCAGGCUCUUCCCUGGAAAUAACAUGGAAGCACAACGGCAAAGUUAUAAGAGAAACAGAUGAUUUUAAAUAUGUAUCCAUUGGUGACUCGUACAGAUUAAAGAUAGCAGAAUGCUUCCCAGAGGAUGGUGGAAAUUAUAGUUGUGAAGCCAAAAAUGAUGCAGGAAUGGUGUCAACAACAUGUUCAUUAAGGGUAAAAGAAGAGUGACACUAACUAGUCUUGCGCCAUGCUAUCACCGAAAUCGUCUCCAUACGGCAAUGUCAGUGCAGACAUCGUCUCCCUGCACUCACAAACUAAGAUACCUGCUCAACCAAGUGCCAAAUGAUAAGAGAAUUAUUGUCCAUGGGAUGUGUUAUUUAACAGCAGUUGUAGCACAGAUGAACAAUAUAGAAGAGUGUUGAAGAAAAUGAACUGCAACCUUCCCUUUCUCCUCAACCCCUACAAGGUUGGCAAGAUGUGCUGUGGCAGUAGUGGAAUUAUUAGUUAGUUGAUGAUGUAUUUUAUUAUUGACUGCAGACUUGUUGUUGCCAAUCAAGUUUCAGGUUGAAACCCCUUGUUUAUACAGGCAUCUAAUCAAGUAUUUAGACAAACUUUAUAUGUGCUGUUAUAACCAAUGGCUGAAUCAUGUAAGAUUGUAUCUUAUAGAGGACUUUGUUUUGGAGUGUUUACACAGGUUUCAUUUAAAUGAUAUACAUUUUAUAUAUUAUACAUAUUUUUGCCAUACAGUUACUUUUCUGCAUUCAUGAAUAAAAUAAAAUGCAGUAAAAAAAGGACAAUCUCUCAAAUGAGUAAGAUGGACUGUCUUUUGUCCUGAUCUUUCAGAAUCUAUCAUUCCUCCCCUUUUCCUUGUAGUCUGAUUUUGACAAGUUUUUCAUCUUUAUAUAUGUGCAUUUUGUCUGGAUACUGUUUCAUGUUUUUGGUUUGUCAUUCUCAUCCUGCAAGGUUAUAUGGUAGCAUCUUGAAGAUCAUUAUUAAAGACUGCGCUGUCAAUCAUUUGUAUUAUAAAAAUAACCUCUUUGUUGAAGGUUUGAAACAUUAUAAGUAACCCAAGUGGAGGGUUUUGUUUGAUAAAAAUGACUUGUGAACUCUUAUUAUUAUUAUUAUUAUUGUUUCAUAUUUAUUGCAAAGAAAAGAAAAAUGUAAAAAAACAUUUUUUGUUGAUGAAUACACUAAGUUGAACGGUGAUGAUGGUUAGUUGUCUCUUAGCUUUCUGCUUAGUGAAAUAAUUUCAAUUUUCAUUUGGCAGAUUGAUGGCUGACUGCCAUUACGUUCGCCAACCCUUCCUAACCACUAUGGUGCUAUUCUGAAUAAAAGAACACAUCCAAUUUGGACAAUAAAGUUGUUGUGCUUCA